AUGAUGGCAGCUCGGGCCCAAGGGCCGCCAAGGGGCUGGCAUCUAUCGCCGCCGCUGCUGCUGCUACUGCUGCUGCUGGCGGCGCUGGCCGGGGACCGCGCUGCCUCCUCCAAGCUCAACAUACCCAAAGUGCUGCUACCCUUCACGCGGGGCACCCGCAUCAACUUCACACUGGAGGCCUCAGAGGGCUGCUACCGCUGGUCAUCUACCAGACCCGAAGUGGCCAGCAUUGAACCUGUGGAGCUGGAUGAAAGACAGUGUUCUCAAAAGGCAGUUGUACAGGCCCGCCUAUCACAGCCAACCCGCCUCACUAGCAUCAUCUUUGCAGAAGAUAUUAUGACUGGCCAGGUUCUGCGCUGUGAUGCUAUAGUGGACAUCAUCCAUGGCAUUCAGAUUGUCUCCACCACCAGGGAACUCUACCUUGAAGACUCUCCCUUGGAACUGAAGAUUCAGGCUUUGGAUUCAGAAGGCAACACAUUCAGCACUUUGGCUGGCUUGGUUUUUGAUUGGACAAUAGUAAAGGAUACAGAAGCUGAUGGUUUUUCUGACUCUCACAAUGCGCUCAGGAUCCUCAAAUUUUUAGAGUCUACUUAUAUACCUCCUUCCUACAUAUCAGAGAUGGAAAAAGUGGCCAAACAAGGAGAUACAAUUUUAGUAUCUGGGAUGAAGACAGGGAGUUCCAAGUUGAAAGCACGGAUUCAAGAAGUGGUAUAUAAGACUUUAGGCAUUCGUAUGCAGGGUGCUUCCAGAUUACCCAAUAGCACGAUUUAUGUUGUGGAACCUGGAUACUUGGGCUUUACAAUUCAGCCUGGGGAUAGAUGGGUCCUUGAAACUGGCCGGUUUUACGAAAUCAGCAUUGAAGUAUAUGAUAAAUCAAGCAACAAGGUGUAUUUAUCAGAUAAUAUCAGGAUUGAUACCACCUUGCCUACAGAGUAUUUUGAGGUGCUUGAGUCCUCCAAGAAUGGGUCAUACCAUCAAGUUAAGGCAAUAAAAAAGGGACAAACAGUGAUUGAUGCAGCCCUCACAUCUGUGGUGGAUCAGGAUGGAGGUGUCCACACCAUACCAGUUCCUGUCCGGAAUCAACAGGAAGUUGAAAUUUAUGUGCCUAUCACCCUUUCUCCCAGCAUCUUGACGUUUCCAUGGCAGCCCAAAACAGGAGCCUAUCAGUACACAAUAAAGGCCCAUGGUGGGAGUGGGAACUUCACCUGGUCCUCAUCGAGCCACAUGGUCGCCACAGUCACAGUCAAGGGUGUGAUGACAACCAGCAGUGACAUCGGUGUCAGCGUGAUCCAGGCGCAUGAUGUACAGAAUCCUUUACACUAUGGAGACAUGAAGGUAUAUGUGAUAGAGCCCAGCAGCAUGGAGUUCAUACCCUGCCAGGUGGAAGCUCGGGUGGGCCAAACCUUGGAGCUUCCCCUGAGGAUCAAUGGUCUCAUGCCAGGGGAGGUCAAUGAGGUGGUCACUCUGAGUGACUGUUCACACUUUGACCUGAUGGUGGAUGUAGAGAAUCAUGGUGUAUUCCAGCCACUCCCAGGGAGGCUUAAGCCAGGGUCAGAUUACUGCAGUGGUGUCCGGGUCAGAGCCGAAAUCCAGGGAUACACCACACUCCUCGUGAGUUAUAAACAUGGUCACAUUCACCUGAGUGCCAAGAUCACCAUUGCUGCCUACCUCCCACUGAAGACUAUUGAUCCUUCUUCUGUGGCUCUGGUAACUCUGGGUUCUUCCAAAGAGAUGUUAUUUGAAGGGGGCCCUAAGCCCUGGGUCCUAGAGCCUUCAAAAUUCUUCCGAAACAUCACCUCAGAAGACCCUGAGAGCAUUGGUCUAUCCCUGUUUGGUCCUCCUGCAUCCCGGAACUACCUGCAACAUUGGAUCCGAGUGACCUGUAAAUCCUUGGGAGAGCAGGUCAUCGCUCUCACAGUUGGAAACAAGCCCAGUGUCACUAACCCCUUCCCAGCCACAGAGCCAGCCGUGGUGAAGUUUAUCUGUGCUCCACCUUCAAGACUCACCCUUACACCUGUUUACACUAGUCCUCAGCUAGAUCUAUCCUGCCCUUUGAUGCAGCAGAACAAACAAGUGGUGCCUGUUUCCAAUUAUCGAAACCCUGACUUAGACUUGGCUGCUUAUGAUCAACAAGGCCGUCGAUUUGACAACUUCAGUUCCUUAAACAUCAAAUGGGAGUCCACUAAGGCCUCUCUGGCCAGCAUUGAACCCAGCUUGCCAAUGCAGCUGAUACUGAAAGAUGAUGGCAGUGGCCAAAAGAAGCUUCAUGGCUUGCAGACUGUCUCAGUUUACCAUGAAUCAGGAACUACUGCAAUUUCUGCCACAGCUGCUGGCUACCAUCAUUCUCAUCUCAGUGCAGCCAAAAUACAACUACCGUAUGAACCUCUCAUGCCUGUCUCAACAACCAUUGAGCUGAUUCUUGUGGAAGAUGUGAAAGUGACACCCCAUCAUAUAACUAUCUACAACCAUCCUAGUGUUCAGGCUGAACUCCUCAUUAGAGAAGGCUCUGGGUACUUUUUCAUCAACACCAGCAUCACAAACAUUGUCAAAGUGUCUUACCAAGAAGCUCGAGGCAUUGCUACGGUGUAUCCGCUAUUCCCUGGAAUUUUAACAGUCAUGAUUCACGACUUGUGUCUGGUGUUUCCAGCACCUGCGAAAGCUGAAAUCUUUGUAUCGGAUAUUCAGGAACUAUAUGUCCGAGUGGUUGACAAGGUGGAGAUUGGGAAAAGUGUCAAGGCAUAUGUCCGAGUGCUGGAUUUCUCCAAGAAGCCUUUUCUGACCAAGUACUUCUCCUUCAUGGACUUAAGACUCCGAGCAGCAUCCCAGAUUGUCACAUUAGAAGCCCUCGGCGAAGCUUUUGAUGACUAUACUGCCACAUUUCUAGUCCAUGGGGCAGCCAUCGGGCAGACUAGCCUGACAGCAACCGUGACUGAUAAAGUUGGGCAAAAAAUCAACUCUGCUCCACAGCAAAUUGAGGUUUUUCCUCCCUUCAGACUGAUACCAAGAAAAGUUACUUUGAUAAUUGGUGCAAUGAUGCAGAUCACUUCAGAAGGAGGUCCCCAACCUCAAUCCAACAUCAUUUUCUCCAUCAGUGAUGAGAGGAUUGCGUCAGUGAACAGCACUGGUCUGGUCAGGGGCCUCACCGUUGGCAAUGGGACAGUAUCAGGGCUUGUUCAAGCUGUUGAUGCAGAGACUGGAAAAGUUAUCAUAGUGUCUCAGGAUCGAGUAGACGUGGAGGUGGUGUAUCUCAAGGCUGUGAGAAUUCGAGCUCCCAUCACAAGAAUGAAGACUGGGACCCAGAUGCCAGUCUAUGUCACAGGUAUCACCAACAGCCAAAGUCCUUUCUCCUUUGGAAAUGCCAUCCCAGGGCUAACUUUUCACUGGUCUGUCACCAAGAGAGACAUCCUGGACAUCAGAGCAAGACAUAAUGAGGCUUCUCUCCGGCUGCCAUCCAAAUAUAACUUCGCGAUGAGUGUUUAUGGCCGAGUGAAGGGGAGAACUGGUUUGAAGGUUGUGGUCAAAGCCCUGGACCCCUCCAAAGGACAGCUCUUUGGCAUGGCAAAAGAGCUUUCAGAUGAAAUCCAAAUCCAGGUAUUUGAAAAGCUUCUACUGCUUAAUCCUGAAAUAAAAGCCGAACAAAUAUUAAUGUCACCAAACUCAUUUAUAAAGCUUCAGACAAACAGGGAUGGAGUUGCAUCUCUGAGUUACCGCAUUCUGGAUGGACCAGAAAAGGUUCCUGUUGUGUACAUCGAUGAAAAAGGCUUCCUGGUAUCUGGGUCGCUGAUUGGGACAUCAACAAUUGAAGUGAUUUCACAAGAGCUGUUUGGAGUCAACCAGACAAUUAUUAUAGCUGUGAAGGUGUCUCCUGUUUCAUACCUGAGGAUUUCAGUGAGCCCCGUUCUGCAUGCCCAGAAUAAGGAGGUUUUGGCAGCUCUACCUUUGGGAAUGACCCUGACCUUCACUGUGCAUUUUCAUGACAAUUCUGGGGAGAUUUUCCAUGCUCAUAACUCCGUCCUCAACUUUGCAACGAACAGAGAUGACUUUGUCCAGAUCGGGAAGGGAACUACCAAUAAUACCUGCGUCAUCCGCACAGUCAAUGUUGGCCUGACCCUGCUUGCUGUAUGGGACAUGGAACACACUGGCCUCUCGGAUUAUGUGCCACUGCCUGUCCAGCAAGUCAUCUCUCCAGAACUAACCGAGACUGUCGUAGUAGGAGAUGUCCUCUGUUUGAGCACGGUCCUGAUCAACCCAGAUGGUCUCUCAGGAACAUGGAGCUCUUCAGCCAGUAAUAUCCUCCAAGUUGAUCCCAAGACUGGUGUGGCUGUGGCAAGAGACUCUGGAGCUGCGACUCUUUAUUACGAGAUCGCUGGAGUUCUCAGGACAUACAAGGAGAUCUGGAUCAGCACCCCUCAAAGGAUCGUGGCCACCCACAUCAGUGGCAUCCCAACCAACUUUCAGGGAAUCACUGCCUCCAAAGUGAUAGUUGUAACUGGAGAAAGAAGCACCAACUUGAGAGGGGAAUGCUCACCGGUCCAGGUGGAAACCAUUGUGGAACUUCAUCCCGAAACCCUCAUCAGCUGUCAUCUCCAGUUCAACCAAGAAGUAUUUGAUUUUCCAGCAUAUGACAUUUUCACAACAGAACCUGGAUUUGAUGCAUCUUUAGGCCAGUACACGUGCUCCAUCAUGAUGCACAGGCUUACUGAUAAGCAACUCAAACACCUCAGCAUGAGGAAAACAGCUCUCCUGGUCACAGCAUCUCUCCAAGACGGCCACUUCUCUGGAGACCAGAUCAGUGCAGAAGUGCCCUUCAACCCUGGGCUUUAUGCUGACCAAACAGAAAUUCUCUUAAGUAACCACUACAUGAGCACAGAGAUAAAGAUAUUUGGAGCCACAGAGAUUCUUGAGAAUCUAGAGGUGAAAUCUGGGUCACCAGCAGUGAUUGCUUUUGUGAAGGAGAAGUCCUAUGGAUUGCCCAGCUUUGUCACCUACACUGUCAGCAUCUCUGACCCAAUCGUCCUUACCCAGAGAUCCUUAUCUACUACACUGACCAUCUCCAGCCCCAUGACGGACCAAUCCAUCACUGUCCCAGUCACCGUGGUCUAUAUGACCGACAGGCGAGGAGGCCCUGGCCAUCAAGGAGCCAGUCUAUUCCAACACUUCCUCGACUCCUAUCAAGUCAUGUUCUUCACGCUUUUUGCACUGCUGGCAGGAACAGCUAUUAUGAUCAUAGUUUACCAUGCUGUUUUCUCACCCAAAGAACACAACACACACCCCGCCUUCACCCCGAGAACAAGCCCUUCACAGAGUCCUAAUAGUUUCAUUGCUCCCGCUCCGAUGUCUUUUAGCACCCUGCCCCACAAUCGAAAAACCAGCCCACCCUCCAGGCUCUGGAGCCCUGAUUAUGCCUCCCAUUAGAGUCCGAAGAAAGAAACUGGCCACAGAGAGAAUGACCAUUCGGGAAAAACAUCAAAAGACUUUAGUGCCUUUAUUAAUAACAGAUAAAUGCAUUCACUCUGGAGACAUCCCAACAAGCGUGGCAUAAAUCUCACUGGAUCUCAUGCAAGUCUGGAUUUGAUAGUUCUGGGUUUUAACUCAGGCUUCUUAAAAAACAAACAAACAAACAAAAAAACAUAGUUCUUUCCCAUGUACCCAUAGGUUCUUGAAAUCCUGGAAACUCGCUGCCUCAGCCUUUGGUUUUAGGCACAGGUUACUCAGGGUUUCUGGACAUACUGCUCCUUUUUCUCAUGUCCCCAAAAUUGUGCUAUCCUGCUUGCUGGGGGACAGUUUGAGGCUUCAUUUAAAGUCUGAUAGAGAAGGCUAAAAGCUAAUCUAAUGUGGUGGGGCCAUAGGCCUUGGGGAAGGGGCUGUUUUUGCAUUUCAUUUUCUCCCUGUGAAAACUAAUUCCCUCUUAGCAUGGUUGUUAAGUAAGGGAAAUGGUAAAAUGUAAAAAAAUAAUGUGAAUGUCCUGUGUUCUGAAGGCCCCAAUUUUUCUUUUUGAGUCUACAUCGAAGUGUCAGAAAGACUCAGGAAUGCACUGCCUUACUGGGUGCUCUCAAUAUUUUAGCCUUACAAUGUGAUUCCGAAUUAUCACUUGGAAAUGGGCAUUUAUUUUCUUUUGCAAAUGUGAAUAGUGUCUGUCUUCUAUGUUAAAAAAAAAAAAGAGGGGGGGGGAUAAGUAUUAACGUGGUGACUUUUGUCUACCACCAUGGCUCUUACUCUGUGUAGCAGACAUCUCAUGCUAGAGAGUUUAGUUGGCCUCUUUUUCGCUCAAGGAUGGUGCAUUCAUAUUCAGAAAACACUCUUCAUCAGAAGGAUGAGACGUGUUAGGGGCUUUUGAUUUUUCAUUUUUUCAAGUUGCUGUUUUGUCCUGUUAAGACAAAGUUGUGGUUGUGUGUUUUAAAUUUGUUUUUUUAGACGUCCAAGUACCUCAGCAAACAUUGAGCCUCUGUCUUUCUCCACUGUAAAAAGGAUGAUCAUCCUUUGUCUGAGAGUCCUCUAGCUAAUCUCAUUUGAGUGAAUCUGGGAUUUGCCGGCCUCUCUACAAAAUGCACUGAGCUCUUCUAGACCAAGGGACAAGAUGGGGUGGGGGAAGAUGGAGGAAGCCCUCAGAAGCUACUUGUGAAGAAGAUAAUGGCUGGAAAGUUUGAGGAAACAAUGGGGAGAUUGAGAGAGGGUUAGGGAUGUUGGUGGGGUAUGAAGGAGGCAGUACGGUGCCCCCACCUACCCCAGCAAUAAAAUAGAACAUCAUUCAGAAGACUGAAACAUUAACUCUUUCCUGGAGGAAACUUCCUUCUUAGUUAUCCACAUAAGGCUCUCAGAAAUGGACCUCCAGACCCUUGAGACUAUGAGUUAAAACAUGGCCAAGGUAGGUUUGGUCCACUGAGUGGUGACCAUUGGCUGAGUGGGCAAUGGCCCUCCUGAAAACAGAAGUAAACAGAUUUUUCACCACAGUCAGAAAAUCCACUUGCCCUUUUUCAAGAGAAAAACUUCCAAAUAUAUGAGACGAUCUUGUGGGUCCCCCCACCCUGGAGCUGUGGAUUUAUACAGUGACAGUCUGUGACACUGUUUGUUGUCUUUUUAAAAAAAUAUAUUAUGUAAUUAACCAUUGAGAAGGCGGUGUGAUGUCCCCCUAAUCCUUCAAAGUGAGGUUAUAUAAUUUAUUUUCCAUUGCAUAAGGAAGGAAGAAUUGUGCCUUGUGUACUACAUGAGCUUGAAACUGACAACUUGGAUGUACAUAUGAGCAUUUCUACUUGUUUUAUUUAAUAAAGCUGUAUAAGAUUCUUUAAUAGCAUGGGA